UUAGUUCCGCUUUUACAUCAAAAUGGAAGGGAAUCGAGAUGAGAGUGAGCGGUGUUACUAUCUCGCAAACAAAUAUUUAUCACAAGGAGACCUCGAAAAAGCAAAGAAAUUUCUGAACAAAGCAGAGCGUUUAUAUCCUACACAAAGAGCAAAAGAUUUGUUAGAAAGAAUUGAGUCAAUGUCAGAUGAUGAUUCCACACAAGACAACAAAGAAAACAAAGAACCCAAUAAUGAGGGUGUCCGCCACAGACGGGGAAGCUUUGGGAGACAAACACAAGAAUCUUCUGUUAAGGAGUACACAGAAGAACAGUUAAUUAUGGUUCGCAAAAUAAAAAAGUGCAAGGAUUAUUAUGAAAUUCUUGGGGUAGAGAAAACAGCAACAGAAAUAGAACUGAAAAAAGCCUACAGAAAACUAGCACUGCAGAUGCAUCCAGACAAGAAUAAGGCACCAGGUGCAACAGAGGCCUUUAAAGCUAUUGGAAAUGCCUUUGCUGUGUUGAGUGAUGAAGGAAAGCGAAGCAAGUAUGAUACAUAUGGUCCCGAAAUGGAGGAGAUCAACCACAGACGCCACACACACAGGAACGAAUUUGAAGCUGAUAUUUCCCCUGAAGAGUUAUUCAACAUGUUUUUUGGAGGAGGCUUUCCAUCUUCAAAUGUGUAUGCACACCACACACACAGUAGGCGACAGCAUCGACAUUAUCAUCCACGGGAAAAUGUGUCCAACGAUUCUGGAUUCACUCUGUUACUGCAGCUGUCCCCCAUCCUUCUUCUAGUCUUUCUUUCUCUGUUGUCCAGUUGGUUUGUUAGUGAUCCUCUGUACAGCAUUCACAAAUCAGGGAAAUAUAAUACAGAGAGAACCACCUCGAAUUUACGUGUGAAUUAUUACGUGAAGAGUGACUUUAAGGUCGAUUUCAAAGGAGAUUUACGGAGGAUAGAGAGAAACGUGGAGGAGGAAUAUAUAUCCAACCUGAGACAAAAUUGUUGGAGGGAGAGGAGUUACAAGGAAAAUUUGCUAUGGAGAGCAAGAAAUCAUGCAGAUGCAAGAUUAUAUGAGAAAGCCCAGAAUCAUCCUACCCCUUCCUGUGACAGACUUCAGUCUAUAUAUGCAUAAAUUAUCCACAUCUGUGUCACAGAAUGCAAGGAUGUUCAUGGGAAUACAAGAUUUUCCAGUUGACAUUUUAACCAGGAGUGUGAGGAACACAUUUAUUUUCCAGUGAUUGAGUUUUCUACCUUGAGGGAAUUCCUUUUUUUUUUUAAUUCAUUCAAUGCAUGAUUGAUCCUUGAAAGUCAUAUAGUAGAGUUUUUGUUGUAAGGAAUGCUGUGCAUUCUGAUUAAUUUUAAGUGCAUCCAAUGUGAGAAUUGCCAUUGUGUGUUCUUGCUGACAGUUUAUAAAUUAGCACUUGCUGCAGUACAACAGAGGGAAACUUUAUAUCAUGAAUACAUUAUUGCAUACAUUGUUAAUGUAUCAUACAUCAGAUGCUUUGUUUACUGUGGUUCUUGGUAAGGUAUAAAGUUCUGAGAAGAUAGUUAAUUGUUAUUUAAAAUUGAAGCUUUGGUGGCUCAAUUUAAGCAGGUGUUGACCUUUUUUUCAUAGAUUUAAAUAGAAUCAAAUAUUUACCAUACUUCUUGUACUUUGAACACUUAUUUUGGCAUUAGAAAUUACUGGACACCAGCCUUGUUUUUGUUUUUUUGGUUGAGAAUUUUAUAGAGAACUACCUGUAUAAAUGUGCCAAUAAGAACUUUAGCUUUGUAGUUAUGGUGAGCAUUAUAAAAACCUUUGAUAAAUGCAUGCACACGUGUUUAAAAGGGACCUGCCUUAUAAUCGAUGAAGUAAAUCCAUACAUGCAUAAUUAGAACACAUUCAUGUAUAUGUAUAUAUGGUGGACAUAUACAGAAGUGUGAGUGUAUUGGUACUUCAAAUAUAUAGAAAAAAUGGUACCGACAUUUUUAAAGUUUUAGAAAACCAAAAAACUGUUACAAUUGAAAUUUAUUUAUUAAAUGUGUUAUUUUAUUGCAUUCCAUGGGAUUUUCUGCACAUUUAAAGGGUACAGCCGUUUGAUUCAGAGCUCGCUACAUUCAUGAGACAUUUGUGCAAUCGUAUUUAUGUAUCAAGACUUAAGUUAAGCAUUUUUAGAAAAUGAAUAUGAGGGGGAGAGAGAGAAAGAAAGAGAAAGGAGAGAGACAUAUGUACCAAUAGCAAUGGUGAUAUUUAAACUUUGGUGUAGUUUGUACAUGCAAUAUAGACACUAACGUGCUGGAAAUGACAGCAUUCUACAAGAUAAAUAUGGCCCCACCGUCAACAACUUUACUCAAGUCAAUACUCGGCCUCAAGUUUGAGUUUUGAGUUCAAAUUCAUGCAGUUUUCUUUUUAAAAUUUUAGUUGAGGAAAAAGUUGAGUGAUUUGAAAAUUUUAGUGACGAUGGGGCCUGUUAUUAUUUAACCCCAAAAAAUUGUUUAAGACAGAUAUCAAACAGGUUCAGAUUGAUUUCACUGUGUGUUAGCUGAUGCCUGCAUUUAGAUAUGUUCACUGCAGUCUUGAUCAGAGAAGCAGUGUAAAUAGUGUAUGGAUCCUUGAUUUGUUUUUUUUACUCUGUUUAAUCAAUGAGGUCUGACUGGUGUUUCACUUACCACAUUUUUUGUCCCUGACUAGUUAUUUUUUAAUCAGACCAUUUGUUGUCUCUGUGAUCAUUUAAUUUUACUUUUUUUUUAAGUGAAUGAAGUGUUGCCCUAUCAGUUGUAUAGAUAAUACUUGUAUAUAUGUGUACUGAUGGUACAUGUACCAUAGGGCAUAUUUUGGAGUUAGCAACAAUUCUGUAAAUAGUAAUGUAACUCUCUCAAGUUGACAAUUGUUGUGUUUAUUUAUAUCACAUAUAAAUAAAAUCAGAUCUCUUUA